UCUCAAGGUGACUAGGGGUGUAAAAUUGAUCGAACGUCUCUUUAUCUCUCCUUCUCUCUCUCUUUUUGUCUUCCUUUCCUUCGAAACAAGUUGACAAAGCCUGGCGUCAAUGACAUGAAGACUAGGUUUGAAUGAAAACAAAGGAUGUAUAAUAAAAAUUAUAAUUUUAUUAUAUUCACCACAAGGUGCAUCCGCUAGCGUGCAAACUGCACAUGUGCUUGUGGUUUUACGAACGGGGAGUCCAAAAAGGGAUGGAACGAAACAGGAGGAAAGUUGGUUGGAAAUGGUCAAGGUUGAUGGGAGCAAAUUUGAACGGCAUAUGUCGCUGUGUACGCGUGCGAAAUGGUGCCGUGGUGCUCCAGAUCCGGUCCACCCGAUUAACUCUAUAAGCGAAGCAAUUUUAGACGAGAGGGACACAUCAAGAAAAAGAGGGCAAAAAAAAUCUGAAACAUGUGACGAAGGAAGAUCACAAUUUCUUACCAGGGCUAGCUAUCGAUUACCUACAUUGACCGGAAGGUCACGAGACGUUGUUGUUCCUUUUCGCUGCCGUAUUGUGAAUGGCACAAUAGCGUGAAAGGCUAUUUCAUCACUCGCGUGUACUAUCAUUAUCCCAUCUACAGCUGCAUCUGUGGACGAAAUGUGACGAGAUGGUAAAGAGAGACUGGUUUUUGGACGGCCAGAGUGACUGAAGGGAAAAGUAGAUAUUGAGAGUUGGUAAUAUUUCAGAACUUGAUAUCAAACAGUCAGAACUGUCACAAGAAUUUGUAAAACCCAGCCCGAAAGAAUUCUCCGGCUUGGUUAAAUAAAAUAUUAUGUAUGUUUAUGCUGUCAAUCAUCAAUCGCUGGUAAUCAAAAGGGACAUUUGCUGACAUAUAGCACACGGCAUGGAGCUCCAACAGGAGACCAGUUUGUGUCGUCUAUCCAGUGACUUCAAGCAAAUAUGCGUCCUAUCGCUUUAAUAGUAGCAACUUGUUUAGCGAUAUUUGUGAUAGCUGCAAACCCAACCAAUAGAGACCAUUUUGUAGUAGAUUUUCUAACACUAAAACACUGCAAACAUGGCAUCAUUUUUGACUGCUUCUCAAGCCACGGUUCAACACUUGAUCAUGCAGCAUACGUCUUAAAGGCCGCAAAUACAAGAAGCAUAUCGAUUCGCUUCAUCGACAUAAGCUCGGACAACCGGCAGCACAAUGUAACUACGAUAUUCACACCUCGGCAGUACGCAAAGCUGUGCACCGUGCUUGACUUCACAUGCCCGGGAGCACCGCAUCUUCUGGAGCAGGUAAGAUGCGGGACAAUCGCAAAAGGUAAUCUUCUCACCUGCCGAUGGGUUUAUCUUUGUAGGUCUCGAAGCAUCGCUAUAUGAACAACACCAUCAGCUGGCUGCUGCUAUCCAGGAAUACAACCGGAACGGUGCUACAACGAACACUUUGGAACACGUCCGGAAUUCAAAUGAACUCGGAUCUGAUUACGGCCGUUGAAACGGCCGACCAGGGGGUGUAUAAUGUGUUCGAUAUCUACUCGAAAGGGCGCCAUCUUUGCAAAGAUAUCUAUCAAACUUUGCUGGGAAGGUGGAGCAAUGAAAGUGGCAUACGGUUGACGGCGAACCAUAACCCGUACCGGAUUCGGCAAAAUUUCAACUUUCUGAAACUUCGUGGAGUUACCGUGAUCGAUCAAGAAAAUGUUACAUCCGAGCAGGUCGAUCGUUUACUGAGCGAACCGGGGCUUACCAAGGGAAUAGUGGCUUUCGUUAAGUAUCAUUACGCGCUACUGGUUGUCUUGAGAGAUUUCCAUAACUUCACCAUCAAAUAUCGUCCAACACGUGGCUGGGCCGGUCGGAUACGUUCGGGCUACCGUUUGGGGCUGCUAGGGGUAGUGCAGCGUCACGAAACAGACGUCGCUGCGACGGGUAUCAUCAUGCGAUUGAGCCGUCAGCCGGAACUGGACUCGAUCCACUACAGCUGGGCGUUUGAAACUGGUUUCAUCUACAAAAUCACACCGGACAUCGGGAGCAAAUCGGAAGGAAACGGUUUCGUUGCUCCAUUUUCGCCAUCUGUUUGGGUUACCUUUCUGCUGCUGCUCGCACUGUCCGUGGUGGUGCUCAAGUAUCUGGCCCAGCUGUCUGAGCGUUGCGCUUACCAACGCGAACGUACGCGGGCCACGAUGGCGUACGUGCUGGACGUGAUGUCGUGCGUCGCACAGCAAGGUGUGCCGAACGUUUCGCGCUUGGUACCGUCGCGAGUCGCCAUCAUAGUGCUGCUGGUCGCUAAUUUGGUGCUGUACAACUACUACACCUCGACGGUGGUCAGUGGGCUGCUGAGUUCAAAGAUGAUUGGCCCGGAAAGUAUCGCGCAAGUGAUCGACAGUCCGCUGAAACUGUCCCUGACAGAUACGGGCUAUCAUCGUAUACUGCUCAGGGAGCAAACGCUACCGUACAGUACACGGAUGCAUGAACGCAAAGCUUUACCGCCACGAUCGCCGGAUGAUCUGCCGCUGUUUACAGAUGUGGAACAUGCGGUACCUUACCUCCGACGCGGCGGACACGUGCUGCACUGUGAACUGACAGAAGUUUAUCCCACGAUCGCCAAUCAGUUCACCGCCAAUGAAAUAUGCGAACUCCGAACGGUGGAAGGAUUGUACAAGUACGAUAUACGUGUGAUGGCAUUCGUGCUGCCAAAACACAGCAUGUACAGUGAGCUGUUUAAGAUCACCUUGAUGCGAGCACAGGAAACGGGCAUCGUAAAGCGGAUUUAUAGGAUCCACAAAAUAGCGAAGCCAAUCUGCCAAGGAAGUGCAACGGUCUACUCGGUGGAGCUGACGGAGGUUUUGCUAGCGUUCAUUAUAUUGGGAGGUUGUAAAAAAAAGGCCACGCAAAAACGCCGUUUGUGCAGCCCGGCGAUGCUAAUGGUUUAGAUUUGUGACCUUGUUUUUUUUUUUUUUAUUUCGUUUAUUUUGCUUUCCUUCUUUUUGUUGCAGCCGGCAUCGCACUAUCGGGGUUAAUUUAUUUGGUGGAAAAACGGGAAAGCGUUCGGCGACGCGCAAUCGGUCUUGGGAACCCGUUACAGCAAGAACGCUAACAUGUUUUAUCUUGAUUGUUUGUUUUAGGUUUUGACAGUUUUUUUUUGUACAAUAUUAUACCUUAAAAUUAGCCCAGAUGCACUAGCAACUAGUUCAAAGUUUAGCUGAUGUCAACUCGAUGUCAACUAGUAAUAAUGAUUGACAGGUUGAAGCAAUGAUUGCACAUUAAUGAUUGAGCUCGAUGCGAUGUCCGAGUUGUUUGUUUUAAGCAAAGGAGAUUUGAACAAUAUUUUCAUUCCACAUCGGUUCGUCAAAUAAUAGGGAAUAGUUAGCUCUUUAUUGGAAAAUGCUAAUACUUAUACCAGUUUUAGUAUUUUGUUUCGAUCCAUGUCGAGCUUCUAAUGUUGAAGUGCAAAUGUUGAAAGACAUUUUAUUAUAUCGCCAUGCUAAACGUGUGUUAGUAUUAAGUUGUAAUGAAGGUAUGUUGCUUUAGUGAUGCAUAAUAUUAAUAGAAAAUUAAUAAUAUACCCACUUAUUUGUUUCAGAACUUUCUUUGCUUACAAAGGAAUUAAUCUACAAUGGUGUAUACGUGCAAUCUAGACGACACGCUUCAAAUGAAUCUUUUGUUACGGUCUCU